AUGAACGCCAUCAGCCCGCAGAGUGUGGGCUUCUUCAUAUGCACCAGUGAGAAGCAGGUGAAAUCCGUGCUGCACUACUGCUUGAGAUGCCACUGCGCUGUGCCUGCCCACAUGAUCAAGCAAUGUCCAUGCUCUUCAGCUAAAGUUUCCUAUAAACUUCUAUUGAAAGCUGAGGAACAACAUGUUGGAAGAGAAGACCAAAUAAUGGCCUCAAUAGCCGAGGAAGUAAAUGACCGGACGACCAAUCGCAACAAUCCAUUAGAUGCGUCAGCUUCAAGCAAUCUCAACACAGCCGCCAAUGAGUCUCCAGCCGAUAUCAUUUCGAAAUCAUCACCGGCAUAUUCUCCACCGUUUGCUAUGCCUAAUGAACGUAAUGGCAAUAAUUCAAGGACAGCACAAACAACGUCUUCAGAAAUAACUCCAGCUGGAUCGAGAUCUCAGUUGCAAGAGACAGCACUGCAGUCUCAGGGAUCAGCAAAUUUAGGAGAAUGUGAAAGUGAAGAUGUCGGAUUGUUCGAUGUUACCGGUUUAUUUUUCUGGUGUCCGUCCAAAAAGAUGGACGAUUGCUUGCUGAGUCCUACACAGAAUCAAGAAGUGACAAGGAAACUUAGAAAUCAUAUAAUAUUGUGCUUAACUUAUCGAUCGCAGGGUUCUCUCCGAAAUUUUAUUCUACCAUUGAGAUCCAGCUCUCUUAUGAGUUCGCAGUUGCACACACUGGUCAUAGUAGCCGAAUCCAAGAAGUUCGUCGAACAAGAAUGGAACUCUAUAAAAAACUUCCCUAAAAUUUACGUUAAAAUUGGGUCUCCUCUCAACCGAGGCGUCUUAAGAAGCAUCUUCAUUGAGAAGUGCCACAUGUGCGUGGUGCAUUCCGUCCAAGCCAGCAAUUCAUCGGACUUGCCAAUCGCUGCAUCGUCUUCUGAAAAUAAAAAUUCGACAAUAUCUCAAGAUGAUAGCAAAGCACUGCUGAUAACGUUGAAUAUAAAAAACAUGACGUACAAGAAUGCCUUAUCCAAAUGUAACAGCGAUGCAUUUGACAUUCUUCACAAGCUAUUGUAUGCAAGAAAGGAAUCUUGUUUCAAGUUUGACACAGAUGUCAACAACAAUGCCAAUGCCAGUGCAGUUGUUUCUGGCUCCAACUCCAUUCCACUACUAACUGAACUGAGUAACUAA